UGACGUAGGGCUUGAGACGGCGGGUUGCUGGGUCGGUCGGGCGCUGGUUUAGAAUUAGUGUGUGGCUCCCGAGAGUGUCCCGAACGCUUACAGCUCGUGGUUUCUCUUCGGCGUUUCCGGAGCGAGCCUUCUCCAUUCUGCCCUGUUGGGAAGAGAGAAACGAAGGAGAAGCUCUGUGGGGACAGUUGGGGCCCCGAAGGAGAAAGCAGCCGGGAGUUCUGGAGUAGCAAAGCAGGGAGAGCUGGUGCAGACAAGGUCCAAACCCCCUGCAAUCAGGACUGUCCCCUCUAGAUCUGGGGCAGCUCCACAAUGCUCGGGGCCCGGUUCCUGCUCCGAGCCCUCCGCUCCUGUUCCUCCGCCCCAUGCCCCAGGCUCAACCCUUCUGCCAGAUUGAGCGUGCGAGACGCGCUCGGGGCCCAGAACGCCAGUGGGGAGCGCGUUAAGGUCCAGGGAUGGAUUCGCUCAGUCAGAUCUCAGAAGGAAGUCUUGUUCUUGCAUGUAAAUGAUGGAUCAUCUUUGGAAAGCCUUCAAGUUGUUGCCGAUGCAAGUUUUGACACUGGAGAACUGGUUUUUGGGAGUUCAGUGGAAGUCCACGGGCAACUGGUAAAAAGUCCAUCAAAAAGGCAAAAUGUGGAACUGAAGGCAGACAAAAUUGAAGUUAUUGGGAAUUGUGAUACAAAGGUUUUCCCUAUCAAAUAUAAAGAGAGGCAUCCUCUGGAGUACCUGAGACAAUACCCUCACCUGAGGUGUAGGACUAACAUUCUGGGUUCUAUCCUGAGGGUUCGCAGUGAAGCCACAGCUGCUAUUCACUCUUUCUUUAAGGACAGUGGCUUUGUACAUAUUCAUACCCCAAUAAUUACAUCAAAUGACUGUGAAGGAGCUGGAGAACUUUUUCAAGUUGAACCUUCAAGAAAAAUAAAGGUGCCUGAGGAGUGUUUCUUCAGUGUUCCAGCUUUCUUAACUGUCUCAGGACAACUUCAUCUAGAAGUGAUGUCAGGAGCUUUCACUCAAGUUUUUACCUUUGGUCCUACAUUUCGAGCUGAGAAUUCUCAGAGCCGGAGACACCUGGCAGAGUUUUAUAUGGUGGAGGCAGAGAUGUCUUUUGUUGAGAGCCUCCAAGAUCUCAUGCAGGUUAUAGAAGAACUCUUUAAAUCCACAACCAUGAUGGUUCUCUCAAAUUGUCCUGAAGAUGUUGAACUCUGUCACAAAUUUAUAGCUCCAGGCCAAAAGGACAGAUUAGACCAUAUGCUAAAAAACAACUUUUUAACCAUUUCUUACACAGAAGCAGUGGAGAUUUUAAAGCAAGCACCCCAGAACUUCACCUUCACUCCAGAGUGGGGCGCUGAUCUACAAACUGAACAUGAGAAGUACCUGGUGAAGCACUGUGGCAACAUACCAGUCUUCGUCAUUAACUACCCACUAGCACUCAAGCCCUUCUACAUGCGGGAUAAUGAAGACAGCCCCCAGCACACAGUUGCCGCUGUUGACCUCCUGGUUCCUGGAGUUGGGGAACUCUUCGGAGGAAGCCUCAGAGAGGAACGGUACCAUUUCUUAGAGCAGCGACUGGCCAGAUCAGGACUUAAAGAAGCCUACCAAUGGUACCUGGACCUUCGUCGAUUUGGAUCUGUGCCACAUGGAGGUUUUGGGAUGGGAUUUGAACGUUACCUGCAGUGCAUCCUGGGAGUUGACAAUAUCAAAGAUGUUAUCCCUUUUCCAAGGUUUAGUCAUUCAUGUCUUUUGUAGCUGGAAGAUUGGUAAAGGGAAGCACCCAUGGCAGAGGUACUAUACACGAUCGUGCAUACAGGAGAAUGCCUCUUUACACUUUCAGAAAUGCAGAUUUCAACAUGUAAUUGUCAUAAAACAUAUGAAAAAUAGAAGUGAUCAUGGGACCAGUAGGUGGUGUGGUGAUUAAAGCACUGGAUUCCCACAUGGCUGACUGCAGCUUGAGUCUC